AUGGACGCUUGCGUUGGGGGUCUUGGAAACUCUCAGAGGGAAUAUGAAAGGCAGGUUGUACUCUACAGCAUCCGCAAUCAGUUACGAUACCGGAAUAACUUAGUUAAGCACAUCAAGAAAGAUGAACGUAAAUAUUAUGAGGAUCUUUUAAAAUACAGUCGAGAUCAUCUCAUGUUGUACCCUUAUCAUUUGUCUGACAUCAUGGUAAAAGGUCUGAGGGUAACACCGUUUUCAUAUUACACUGGCAUAAUGGAGGAUAUAAUGAACAGUGAAAAAAGCUAUGAUUCAUUACCCAACUUCACUGCUGCUGACUGUCUAAGACUUCUUGGUAUAGGAAGAAACCAGUACAUAGAUCUAAUGAACCAAUGUAGGUCUUCAAAAAAAUUUUUCAGAAGGAAAACAGCUCAUGAUCUGUUACCUGUGAAACCUGUGGAGAUUGCUAUAGAAGCUUGGUGGGUCGUGCAGUCUGGCUACAUCACUGAGGAUGACAUCAAGAUUUGUACUACAUCGGAGAAGUCUGCUAUUGAUAAGAUAAUUGAUUCAGGUCCUCAGCUUGCUGGUUCAUUAGACUUCAAUGUGGUUCACAGUUUGUAUAACAAAGGAUUUAUAUACCUUGAUGUGCCAAUAUCUGAUGACAGCUGUAUAGCAGUGCCACCACUUGAAGGUUUUGUGAUGAACAGAGUGCAAGGUGAUUACUUUGAAACACUCCUGUACAAGAUAUUUGUUUCAAUAGAUGAACACACUAAUGUGGCAGAGCUUGCAAACGUCCUACAGAUUGACUUAUCUUUAGUAAAGAAUGCUGUGUCCAUGUAUUGUCGGUUAGGCUUUGCUCAUAAAAAAGGCCAAGUAAUAAACCUGGAUAAUCUUCAUCCAUCGUGGAAGAAUGUUCCUUCAGUAAACAGACUGAAGAGUACUUUGGACCCUCAAAAGAUGCUGCUUUCAUGGGACAGUGGGGAAAACAGAAGUCCUAUACAGGAAGCUGGGUCAUCAGCCACAGAUACAGAUACCAACAGUCAAGAUGAUCCAGCUGAAACAGCCAGCGUGAGCAGCCUGAAUCUGUCUAGUGGACACACAAAGCGUAUUGCCUUCCUGUUUGAUUCUACUCUCACUGCCUUUUUAAUGAUGGGAAAUCUUUCACCAAACUUGAAAAGUCAUGCAGUCACUAUGUUUGAAGUUGGGAAACUGUCAGAUGAGAGUCUUGACAGCUUCUUGGUGGAGCUGGAAAAGGUUCAAAGCACGGGUGAAGGGGAAGCACAGCGGUACUUCGAUCAUGCACUUACACUGAGAAACACAAUACUGUUUUUGCGGCAUAACAAAGACCUGGGGGCACAAGCUGUACAGCCUGAUCAACCAAAUAAUGGGUUUCCCUUGGACCUCUUACGGUGUGAGAGUUUGCUUGGCUUGGAUCCAGCUACCUGCAGCAGAGUUCUCAACAAAAAUUAUACUCUACUGGUUUCCAUGGCACCACUCACCAAUGAAAUUCGACCUAUUAGCAGCUGUACACCCCAGCAUAUUGGACCUGCGAUACCAGAAGUUAGUUCAGUUUGGUUCAAACUGUAUAUUUACCAUAUAACUGGACAAGGACCACCCUCUCUGUUGCUUUCUAAAGGAACACGUCUUCGAAAACUUCCAGACAUUUUUCAGGGUUAUGAUCGCUUACUAAUAACGUCUUGGGGUCACGACCCAGGAGUAGUUCCUACUUCAAAUGUGCUCACAAUGUUGAAUGAUGCUUUAACACAUUCUGCUGUUCUAAUUCAGGGGCAUGGCAUGCACGGAAUGGGAGAAACAAUGCACAUACCUUUCCCAUUUGAUGAAGCUGAGCAGCAGGGAGAUUUCUCUCGUGUGAAUAUGGGCAUUCAUACAGCUUUAAAAAUACUGAGAAACAAAGUAGACUUGCAGCAUUUUUGUGGCUAUGUCACGAUGUUGAAUCCUUCAAGUCGGAAUGCUAACAGAAAGCUGAGCGAUGCUUCUGAUGGAAGAGGAGAGGCUGAACUAGUAUCAGGAUCUGAUGUAAAUGGGAGCACAGAAUCAUUUGAGAUGGUAAUAGAAGAAACCCCAAUGGAUUCUGCAGUCAAGCAAAGCCUUGAAGUACCCACAACAGAAUUGGAGUGGGUUCCCCUGGAAUUAUGCUUUGGCAUUCCACUCUUCAGCUCUGAGUUGAAUCAGAAAGUCUGCAGAAAAAUUGCCACUCAUGGAUUAUGUAGAAAAGAAAGCCUUCAAAAACUCUUACAUUCCAGUAGAAAGCUGUCUCUUCAGGUCCUUAAUUUUGUUCAUUCAUUCCAGGAAGGUAUUUCAACACUGGAUCAGCUCCAUGAUGCUGGUUCUUCAAGUUCACUUUUGCAGCCUGUUUCUGCAGAUAUGGGUGUUCCACUUCCUGCCAAGAAUCUCAUGUUCAAAGAAGGUGUAUUAUCUGAAUGGAACGGAUGGUCUCCUUCCUCAGUUUUUUUCAGCCACACCUAA